AUGGGCCUUCUUCCCCUUAGCUACCGCCGCCCUGUCUACGUCACGGGCACUUCCGUCCAUGGAAGCACCUCCGACGUGUCUGAAAGUGGCGACGAGAAGGGCAGCACCACCUCCUCCUCCCUGAAGUCUGGCAAGUCUAGUACUCCUGCCGGAAUCCCCGAAUCCUUGGCCUUCGACAAAAUCAUCAACGGCGGCACAUGCCCUCCUUGCACUGUUCGCGACUUUAUGAACUAUCUCGUCUACAUUGAGCUCGCUGCCGAAAACCUCCAAUUCUUCCUCUGGCACAGAGAUUACACCAAGCGUUUCCAGGAGGCAAAGACAUCGGAUCUUGCCCUCGCCCCCGAAUGGACCAUAGCUCAGGAGAACGAGGUCCUUCAGCGUCUGUUCAAGGACAAGUCGCAGCGUAUGCGCAAGAAGCCAGGUCAGGAGAUCUUCAAAGGUACCGACUUUGAGAAGACCGGUGCUGCCGCCGCGGUCGUUGAGGACCGUAACCCGUUUGGCACCCCGCCGCAUACCCCUCCAGAUUCGGAGUCGGUUUACACGGGCACCAACGGUGUUUCAAACGCCGAUUCCUACCGUUCGCAGGCCAGCGAGGCUUUCGCCGCCAUUGGCGCCAAGCAGCCAUUCACGAUCCAGCCUUUCCGCGAGGAGAUUGAUCGCGUGAUUGCCACUUACAUUAUGGAUGGUGCUCCGCGACAGUUGAACCUUUCAGCCAAGGACCGCGAUGCCACCCUUCACGCCCUUGCCACGACUACCCACCCCUCGGCUUGCCGCAUCGCGCUCAAGGUCGUUGAGGACUCGCUUCGCAAGCAAAACCACCCCAACUUCAUCCGCUGGUCGAUUUGCAACGGAAACCCCGCCCGUGUCACCUUUGCUCGGGCCCUCGGUGUCGGCCUGAUUGCCGUUUCAUUUGUCGUCGCCAUCUUGAUCACUCUCAGCCGUGCUCGCCGAGGCUGGCGCGCUCUGGCUGCUAUUGGCUGGGUCCUGGGUAUCUCGACCCUUGUGGCUGCUUACAAGGGCAUGUGUGUUGUCCUGCACGGCAUGCACCACCGCCACGUCCGGCCUUGGGAGCUGUUCGUGGACGAGGAAACGGAUGAUGAGAAGCGUAGAGUCUCCCUUGACUCAUUCGGAUCCUCUAAUAGCUUCGAGUCGGAACCGUGGAUCGUCAAGUACGAGAAGCGCAACAUCAUCCGCAAGAUUUUCGACCGCGAGGUUUGGAUCGAGGAGCCUGCUCUCCGUACCAUUCAGGAUACCAUCUUCAUUCAGGCCAUGCUAUUCGCUCUAUUGGUUGGUGGUGUCCUUACCGGCAUCUUCGUCGCCAUCCCCCACCACGGCUACUUCUAA